UGGAAAGCCUCAACUGUUGCCACCUUAAACAACUCGGGCUGGGCUAGUUUAUCUGAGAAUCGGCUACAUCGUCCCAGGCUCCCAGCUGCCAAACAUUGACACCUUGUUAACGUGUCUUUCUGUGUUUUCCAAAUGCUCGUUCGAGAAUUCCUAAGAAAUGGUUCUUGGGAUUCUGGAAAGUGUGUUUUGUGGAUAACUAUAAGAGAAGAUGGGAGAGCAAACGUUUUAUGAGAGAAUGAUUAGUCAUCUCCGUGGAACUUGCAAGUAUUAUACUGGUUAUCCAAAGGAUCUUGGGCCAUCCCAGGUUAUUAAUUUCACAUCAGAACGUGACUUUGUCCGUCUUCUUCAUGAAGGCUAUCCAGUGGUUGUUGCUUUUACAAUAAGGUGUAGUCUCACCAAACAUCUGGACAAAGUACUGGAGGAAGCUGCAUCAGAGUUCUAUCCACAUGUAAAAUUCAUACGUGUUGAAUGUCCAAAAUAUCCCGGUUUCUGUAUUUCACGACAAAAAACGGAGUAUCCAUUCAUUGAAAUAUUUCAUAGUCCGCAGCAAGCAUCUAACCAAGGAAGGGUUGUUGAACCAAAUAUUACAAAGUACUCGGUGAAGGUUAUUCCUUUCAACUAUGAUGUUAGUGCCUAUGGAUUUAGAGAGUUUUUCAAGCGCCAUGGAAUAAGGUCAUCAGAUCCGAAGUAAAAAGAUUUUUUUUUAAUUUUUUUAUUGAGGAAUUCAAUUCAGCUUAUUUGCUGUCUCAAGGGUUGAUCACCUUGUAACUUUCUAUAAAUGUGAAAAAACCUUGGUUUUACAUGUACUGGCUUCCUAUCUAGGACAAACAGG